UAGUUUUUCCAAGACGUAAUUAAUAUGGAAUAAAUGUUCCUCGAAACUAUUGGACGCGAUCAAUACGUCGUCUAAGGCCCAGUUUCACCACUUAGUUUAACCGGAGUUUAAGUCAUUAAACUUGGUUUAAAGAAAAUAUUACGUUCCACAGCUUCUUUAAACUUACGUUAACAUCGAUUUCUUACGUUAAAGUUAAACGGUGAAUUUUGGGCGUUUAGGAAUCUAAACGAGGUUUAUUUCAGUGUCAAAAAUUUGUUUAGGUUUAGGUUUAGGUUAUGUAUAUAGCAUUGUUAUUUUGCUAGUGAGAAAAGUAAUCGUCAAGUAAUUAAAAAUUUGUAAGUGACAAAUAAAAAUAUGUGUAUUGAUUAAAAUUAUGGCUUUAGCGUAUAUACUAUCAUCAUCUGAUGAAGAAAAUUUCAUUGUCAAUCGACGACCUCGACGACUUCGACGACCAAGAAAAAUAAAGAGACGACCAUCAUAUUUUGAAGAAUUGGAUGAUGUCGAUUUUCAUAUUCGGUUUCGUUUAUCAAAAGCAUCAGUUAAUACAAUAUUGAGAGAAAUCGAACAAGAAAUUUAUCAAGGAAAACUGUGAGUAUAUAUAAAGUUAAUAUGUGAAAUAUUAUCAGACUUUUGUAUUUUGACAGAUAAUGUUAUAAAAAGAAUAACAAAUAACAAAAAUAGUAAUAAAUUUUAAAAAUUAAUUAUAUUAAACAAUUGAGUAUUAUUUAUUAUGAUUAUAUAUAAAGUAUAUUAUAACCUAUGUAUAAUAUUUACUUUAGAAUUUUAGAAUGUCGUUUUUUAUACUACUAAAAAUAAACAAUAAGUUAAAAUAAUUAAUAAAUUAUAAUAAAACUUUUUGUUUACUAUAAAAACAAUGCUAUAGCUCCAAUGAAUCAACUUCUUUUGACGUUAAGGUUUUAUGCAACGGGAUGUCAUUUAUUAACGGCAGCGGAUUUUGGUGGAAUAAGUAAAUCAAGCUGUCACAGAAUUGUUCAUCGAGUGACUAAAGCUAUUGCUCGUCUUCGACCACGUUAUAUAAAAUUUCCUAUAUUGCCUGAGGAAAUAAAAAAAACACAAGUUGAAUUUUUCAAUAUUGCAAGGUUUCCUAGAGUAAUAGGCUGCAUUGAUUGUACUCAUGUAAAAGUACAGUCAUUUGGUGGAAAUGAUGCAGAGUAUUAUAGAAACAGAAAAGGAUAUUUUUCCAUUAAUGUACAAGCAAUUUGUAAUGCAAAUUUAGAGAUAAUUGAUAUUGUGGGUCGAUGGCAAGGAUCAGUGCAUGAUGCCACAAUAUUUAAUAAUUGCAGAAUACGCGCUUUAUUCGAAGCUGGAACAUUUGGGAAUUCUUUCCUAUUAGGAGAUGGUGGUUAUGCUCUUCGUCCUUAUUUUAUGACUCCUUUACAAAAUCCGCGCACUCGUAUGGAGCAACUAUAUAAUGAAUCGCAUAUACGAACACGGAAUACAAUCGAGCGUGUAUUCGGUAUAUGGAAAAGAAGAUUUCCAAUUUUAGCAGUUGGAUCUCGAUUUCAAAAGGUAGACAAAGUUUUACCCGUUAUUGUUGCAACUGCUGUGUUGCAUAAUAUUGCUCGGCAAACCGGUGAUGCAUUACCACCAAACGAUCCUGCACUGCAAUUGCCCGUCCCAUGGGAAAAUAUAUUACAAGAAGGCAAUAUAGUUUAUAGAAAUGAUGUACCUGGUAAUAAUGAGAUACAACGUCUAUUAAUCAACGAUUAUUUCCGAAGGUAAGAAAAAAACCAUUAAAUUAUGUAUUUACUAAUAGUUUAUCUUUGUGAUUAAAAUUUUUUAAAUAUUUUAUUAUUAAAUGGGUGUAGAUAUAAUAAUAAAAUAUAUAUUUAUAAAAUAAACAUA